UCCGCCUCCUCCUUCCCCAGCAAAGGGAAGAUCUACAGGUUGGCCUGAGUCCUUCCUGGAGGCCCUUGGGAGCGAGCAGACUGAGUCAUGGCCAGUUUGUCAUGGGCUACUCUCCUGCAGGUGGAUACUCCCAGAUUGUCUCCCUCUGCCUUGUACCUGCCUCCCACCUAUGCUCCCUGGUUCUUCUGGCCGAGCCACCCAAGAAAACCCAAGGACCAGAUUUCAAGCCUGCUGAGCUGGACAGAUGGUUUAGGACACUGACCACAGCUGCCUUCAGCUCUCACUGCCCAUGUUCAUUAGAGGUUGAGGCUUUGGCAGCUUGGAGCUUCCCUUCCUGGGCCUGUUGAAGGCAGGAGAGGUGAUAAGAGGAAGUCCCCGAGGCGAAGCGUGAGGAGGCUGUGAGCCAGCGGGGCCGAGACCACAACUUUCCAGCCUCGGGGAAGGAGCGUCUGCGCCCAGGGCUCCUCUUGCCGGCGACCAGAGCUCGGAAUGUAAUCGAGGAUGCUGGCCCUGCGGCUACUCAACGUGGUGGCCCCCGCCUACUUCCUGUGCAUCUCCCUGGUGACCUUCGUGCUGCAGCUCUUUCUCUUCCUGCCCAGCAUGCUUGAGGACCCCUCGGCCACCCCGCUCUUCUCGCCUGCGCUGCUCCACGGGGCUCUCUUCCUGUUCCUCUCAACCAACGCCCUGGGCAAUUAUGUCCUGGUCAUCCAGAACUCCCCAGACGACCUGGAUGCCUGCCAGGGGAUCUCGGCCAGGAGGGCUCCGUGCCCCCCACCCAGCACCCACUUCUGCCGAGUGUGCGCCAGAGUCACCCUGAGGCACGACCAUCACUGUUUCUUCACUGGCAACUGUAUCGGCAGCAGAAACAUGCGCAACUUUGUCCUGUUCUGCCUCUACACCUCCCUGGCCUGCCUCUACUCCAUGGUGGCCGGCGUGGCCUACAUCUCUGCGGUCCUGUCCAUCUCCUUCUCCCACCCCCUGGCCUUCCUCACGCUCCUUCCCACCUCCAUCAGCCAGUUCUUCUCUGGAGCUGUCCUCGGUUCUGAAAUGUUCGUCAUCCUCAUGCUCUACCUCUGGUUUGCCAUUGGCCUGGCCUGCGCUGGCUUCUGCUGCCAUCAGCUGCUGUUGAUCCUCCGGGGGCAGACCCGCCACCAGGCGCGGAAGGGGGUGGCCGUGAGGGCCCGGCCCUGGCGCAAGAACUUACAGGAGGUCUUCGGGAAAAGGUGGCUGCUGGGCCUGCUGGUGCCCAUGUUCAAUGUUGGAGGUGAGAGCUCCAAGCAGCGGGACAAGUAGCAGGCACCCCAUGAUUUCUCUGUGUGUAUUGUGGCACCUUCUGAACAUAAGACCAUGGCACCCUUGUCUCCACUCAUGAUCCACGAAAACCUUGGACCGGUAAGGUCCUAGCAUCCACCCUCCUGGCCUGUGACAGAGAAAGGAAUUCGUUGUUGGAUCAUGACAAGGAGGAAACAUGAGCACCUGCCAUUGCUGGCUUCUCCCACAAGCCAGCUGGGUGGCGGCUGUUAGGAGGCCUCUGCUUUUGUUUCUUGUCUUUGAGGUCCCUGCCUUCCUCCUCUGGCUCCCCACAGUAUUUCACAUGAUCACUGCUAUCUGCUAGCGCUCUCCCUCUCUGCCUCACCUUGGGAGUGAGGAGUGGAUUCUCGCUGGCUGUCGGGAUGAUGUUCCCCAGGAGCUGAGACUGACAACAUGUUUAAAGAGGCAGCCAAGUCA